CGCCCCAGCCGGCCCGCUAAAUCGGCGAAUGGGUAACCGUGUUUUAACCGUUUUCGGUGACGUCCUUCAUUGACAUUAUUGAUAUAUAUUUAAAAUAUCCUGUUGUUUGGCCGGCAGAGGGAUCUGUAGCCAUGGCGCAUGCACGUGAUGACAAACGUAAACUUCAGCGGGGCGAAGACGCACCCCCUUCGUAUACGGAUGUGGGAAACGGGACGGUGAAUACAGCUUUCGAGAGUGGAAAUGAAGACACGGAAAAGGAUGUGGGAAACGGGACAACGAAUACAGCUUUUGAGAGUGGAAAUGAAGACACGGGAAAGCAGCAACACACUGUUACGAUCGAGUCGAAUGGGACGGUUGGUGCGACGAAGAAAGAGGAGAUAGAAGACCCAUGGAAGGCGUCAGCCUUAGAAGUGGAAGAAGUCGAGUGGUCAGAUCUGAGCGGCCGGGAGAAGUGCCAGCGAGUGUUGAAGUACGUGGUUGGUCUUGUGCUGAUUCUUCUGUUCCUGUACAUGUUCAUCUGCUCUCUGGAUUUUCUCAGCACCGCUUUUAAACUUCUCGGAGGUAAGCAGGCCGGUCGCGUCUUCCAACAGAACGAGAUCCUUCAUAACCCGGUGGCCGGUCUCAUGAUCGGCAUCCUUGUCACCGUCCUCGUGCAGAGCUCGUCCACGUCCACGUCGCUCAUCAUCAGCAUGGUCGGAGGAGGACUUCUCGACAUAAAAUCGGCCAUACCCAUGGUCAUGGGCGCGAACAUUGGCACGUCGGUUACCAAUACAAUUGUCGCCCUUGGUCAGAUUGUCAACAAAGGUGAUUUCCGGCGAGCAUUUGCUGGGGCCACCGUUCACGACAUGUUCAACUGGCUUUCUGUCCUCGUUCUUCUUCCACUGGAGGUUGUGUCUGGCUACCUCUUCCACCUGAGUUCAGUCAUUGUGGACAGUAUGCACCUACAGCAGAACAAGGGGGCUAAAAAGGAACUCUUGAAGGUGAUUACCAAGCCGUUCACAGAGCUGAUAGUACAGAUUGACAAAAGCUUGAUUACUGACAUUGCUAAGGGAACCCAACUGCACGAAACUGGCAGCAUGAUGAAAACGUGCUGUGACAAAGUGACGCCCGUGAAGUGUUGCAGCAAAAAGCUGGGGAGCGCUGCCAAAUCAUGGUACUCUGGAGGAAAUUACACGAAAGUCCAGAAAGCAGAGUUCUGUUUUAACGAGCUGCCUUCCUGCGUGAAAAAACCCACCUGCAUGAGCGAAUUUUGGGAAUCUAGCUCCAGCCCAAGGGGAGCAUUUGAGCAGUUUAUCUGCACGUCUGAGGCAGCGUCGGAAUCGUGUUGCAGACACACCAGAGAUGCCUACUCUAUGCUGCGCGAAGAGAGGAAUUUCACGUCUGCGGAGAAAGCAGACGUGUGCAGCACGUGGGAUAAGUGUCAGUAUAACGCCAGCAACUGCAUGACGACUGCGUGGAACUACACUACCAUGGGGGUCAACGACACCAGACUCAAAGAGGAGUUCAGCUGCGCCACCUGGAUAUCGCAUGAGAGCCAGUGCAUGAAGCCAUGCACGUACGCGUUCAAGGGAAUGGUGGGCAAGCUGAACGACGAGGCGAUAGGCGCCAUCCUGCUCGUCAUAUCUCUCGUCAUCCUCUGCAUCUGUCUCAUCAGCAUCGUCAAGCUGCUCAACAAGCUGCUGCGCGGCCAGAUCGCCACCAUCAUCAAGAAGUUCAUCAACGCCGACUUCCCCGGCUACCUGUCCUGGAUGACCGGCUACCUGGCCAUCGUCAUCGGGGCCGGCCUCACCAUCCUUGUCCAGAGCAGCUCCAUCUUCACGUCCUCCCUGACGCCGCUAGUGGGGAUCGGCGUCAUCGAGAUCGAGCGCAUGUACCCUCUGACUCUCGGCGCCAACAUCGGCACGACGACCACGGGCAUCCUGGCCGCCAUGGCCCAGCCCGCGGAUACCAUCGCCAAUUCGCUGCAGGUGGCCUUCUGUCACCUGUUUUUCAACAUCUCCGGCAUCCUCCUCUUCUACCCGCUGCCGUUCCUCAGACUGCCCAUCCGCAUCGCCAAGUUCCUCGGGAACGAGACGGCCAAGUACCGGUGGUUCGCCAUCAUGUAUCUUUUGUUGGUGUUCUUCGUGUUACCGGCGGCAGUGUUCGGGCUCUCCGUGGCCGGGCUGAAGGUGCUGGCGGGCGUCCUCAUCCCCAUCGGAGUCGUGGCCGCGGUCAUCAUCGUCAUCAAGGUCCUUCAGAGCAAGAAGCCAAGCGUCCUGCCCAGAAAGCUGCGCGACUGGAAGUUCCUCCCCAAGUUCAUGCGAUCCCUGGAACCGCUCGACAGGGUGAUACAGAAGCUGCUCUGCGGCUGUUGCUCAAGGUUUAAACCGCCUAGAACCGAGCUGGCGACAGAGAAAGACAAUUUGCCGAAAUAUGAUGAAAAUACCACGUUGUAAGGACACGUAGUCAGAGACUAGAUACCUACAAAACAACAACCACCCUGUGAAGAACCAUAGCCAAUAUGCAAUAGGCAUUUAGUGAAUUUCACGCAUAUACACAUAUCCAAAUGAUUUAAUCAGUUCAGUAUUGUUCUUUAACCGAAAACUUGUAGGUAGACUCACUGAAUCUGUCUGUAAAGGCACAUGGGGGUGGGUGGGUGACUGGCCAGGGGUGGGUGGGUGAUUGGCUGGUGUGGGUGGGUGACUGACUGGGGGUGGUUGGGUGUCUGGUUAGGAGCGUCUAUCUUCGCCGCUAUUAAACAUGUGUAUAACCUGAUUUGCUCAUGCUUGAUUCCGCAGUCCCGUCAGGACAAUUCUUGUAUAUACCUGUACAUAUAACAUUUAAACAAUCAGGGUGACCAAGUUAAAAUCUCGCCUAACUACAUAGCAUAAGUUACUAAGGCAAAGUACAAAACACUACUACAGCUUCAAUAAUACUCGCAUGCUAUCACUAUUAAUGGUUAUCGUCAACUGCCUUCAUACAAGUUACAGUGCACCACGACUGGUAUAUAAAAUGCCGUGGUAUGUGCUAUCCUAUCUGUGGGAUGUAUGGCGCAUAUAAAAUAUCCCUUGCUUCUAAUGGAAAAAAACAACGUAGCGGGUUUCCUCUCUAAG